AACAAAUUUUGUGUAACCGAAGAUGAUUGUUGUUGUUGCUCUUGACGCAUUUUUCGUAUGAUUCUUACUUGUUCAGAUCGAAUGUAUUCACGAAUAUUAACGUCAUCGAUAGAAGCUAAGUUUUUUAGCAAUAUUUUAUUUUCCUCUUUUAUUUCUUUAAAAGCUAACUUUUUUGCUUCAUUUUGCAGUCGUAAUUCAAUCAUCUCAUGACAUUUUUCCCUGCUUGUUGUACUUUCGUUUAAAAGAUCAAGGAUUUUUUUCGUUUGAUGAUAUCAAACUAUCAGCAGACAUAUUAUGAGGAUAUCCGGUUUCAACAAUUUUUGGCUCGUAAUCUACAAACAAAAAAUAAAGAGAAUCAUUUCUUACUUCGAAAUAGUUGAUCAUAUAUGGGAGCAUUAUGGAAAUAAUUUUAUGCAAUAAUGUAAUAUUUGCUUGCAGUUUAAUAUUUAAUUAUGUACUUUUAUUUAUAAUUUUAUAUUUUAGUGUAAGAUUUUUUUUAAUUAAUAUUUCUGUAAUAUUUAUAUAUAUGUAUUAGUUAUUUAUAGAAGUUUUAUGAAUUUACAUCAACUAUGACAAACAUAAGGAUCAUAGUGUAAAAUAUAAAUAAUUUUGAAGUUAGGUUUGAAGUUUUACUUUUGGAGAAGAACACAUUGAAACUUCAAAUAUAAAGUUUUGGAAACUUCAAAAUAGAGUUCCUUUUUGGAGAUGCUCUUAUAGAGAGCGAGGGAGAGGAUAGGAGAUAAUGAUACAAAUUUUGUUUUUCGUCCAAAAAAAAGUGUUUCAAAAAAUAUAUAUAUUGUCGACAAAAAAAAAAAUAAUAUAUAUAUAUAUAUAUAUGUAUAUAUAUUAUUGUUUAUAUUAUAGUAUACUCGGAAUGACGGCUAAGGGCAUCUCCAACCCUACUCCAUUUUCAACUCCAAACAUCAUUAUGGAGUAAAAUCUUCUCCAACCCCACUCCAUUUUGGAGUAACCCUAACCAUUACUUUAUUUUGGAGUUGAACUAUUUUUAUUUAUAAAAUGGUCCUUUGAAUCUUUAAUGUUUUUAUUUCUUACUUAAAUAAUAUUUAAAAUGAUACAAUAACAUGAAAAUAGUAUAUUCCACAAAGGAUUCUUUAAUAAUUUUAAAUAAAUGCAUAAAAUAACAGAAAACAUAAAUAAUUAAAGAUAAAGUUCCACCUCCGAAUAUCAAAAUUGCAGAAGACGAAAAUGUCCGAUUUCGAAAUUUUCUUGCUCGAUUUAGGAAUAUCAAAGAUAAAGAAGCUCAUUUUUCAUUACGAAAUGCAUUAGUUGAUCAUUUGUGGAAAAAUAUCCUAAUACUCAUUGUUGAACCCACAUAUAUUAUGUAUUUUUUAAUGAUUUCUUGUACUUUUUAAUAAUAAAUAUUUAAUUCAAAUAAUUUAUAUUUUAAUUAUUUAUUGUAAACAUAAAAUAGUUGGGGUUAAUUGGUAAUUUUUAUAAGUAUAAGAUUUUAUUUGCAAUUAUUAAUAAAAUAAAAAUGAAAUCAUUUAAGAAAUAUUAUUUUUGGAGUAGAAAAUGGAGUAAUACAUUGGAGUAAAACCUUACUCCAUUUUGGUGUUGCACCAUUUUGGAGUAAAAAAUGGGGUAAUACAUUGGAGAUGCUCUAAAAGGCCAAUAGAGACCACGCUAUCAUUAUAUAAUUAAUAUUUAUAUAGUUCUUUUUUUGGGUCAAAAUAUACUUAUACAGUUCUAAAAGUUUAUUAAUUUUAUAAAAUAUCACAUAAUGAAACAACCAAAAUAAUCUUUGCUUAUAUAGCUACAAGCCAAUACAUCAUCUCCAUGAUAAAAUCCCUGUUCAAAAAUGCGGCUGUCUAGGCGUUUUUCUGAGGUUUACCACAGUGAAUAUGCCUAAAUCGGUGUAGUUAGGUGUUGAUCCGCGUAAAAUCCGCGUUGACCGCUUAAUUUUCGCUUAGACCGCCUAAAUUUUUUUUUCGUCCGUGUAAAGUUGAAACACAGUUGAUUAUUUUUUACUCAUUAUUGACAGAUUUUGUGUAAUUAUUCAUUACUAAAUAAUUACAAUUAGCUAUCAAAACAAAAACAAACACAUAAUUACUUCAUUUAGGAAUUUUUUCGUACCAAUCACACCAUAAUCUAGAUGUUUGACGAAUCAAAAAAAGGCUGCUUAAAAUUAUAUAUAAAAAAUUGUAUAAUUAUGUCUAAGAACAUGUGUCAUCAUGUUUAAAAUUAGCUAAAUAUAUUACAAAUAUAUUAAAUUGUAUUUAAAACUAAGCUCUGCGUAAUUCCCGAAUAUUUUCCGAUUUUUUCGGUAACUCUCUAGAUCCGAGGUUGCCGUCCAAUUAGCACCUAGCGUAGUUUCAAACAAGAGAUAAAAUUAACCCAAAUCUAACAUAUAUAUUACGUUUUGUAAGUAAUUUAAUUAUUUUUUUAACAUAGAUAUUAAAUUUAGAUCACUUUAAACAAUAAUGUUUUCUUAAAUGAAAGUUCUAUAUAGAAAAAGUUAUUUAACUACGUACAAUCGAUUUUUUUAACUCAGUUAAUAAAUUUAAGGACUUAUCUAGAUAUAUAUUUCAUAUGACAAUUAAAUAUUUAUUUUAAGACAUAAAUUAAAUUCGUUAUUCUUUAGAGUGCAGUUAUGCUAUUUAAAUACAAAUCGUCACUAUAUAAAUGAUAAACAUUUUAAAUUAAAUUCAUGCAUUCAUAUGUAAUUACACUCUUUUUCACGGGAAGAUAUAUAAAGAUAUUGCAUAUUUAAUUUAUUAGCUCUUACAUACCAAGGUUAAUAAAAUAAUUAAAAAAAUUGUCAUAUGUAAUUUUAUAAGUUUUUUAAAUAUGUACGUAUGUAGACAUAUAGAUGGAGCUGUAUGUAAAUGAUAGAGUGGCGAGUAGUUUUUUAGCAUUAAAUGUUAACACAGAGGCUGCAUGGCUUCGGCCAUUUACUGCUCUCAUGCCUCUCUUGCACUUAACCUCCUCUUCAUUUGUACUCUCCAUUAACAAAAACUAAUAAUUCAAUACCUAACAUUUGAGUUUUUUUCCUGCUACUUACCUAAAAGUUAAAAUUCAAAAGAACUGCUACAUGUACAUACCCAAAAACUGUUAUAAACGUCAUCGUAGAAAAAAGAUAUAUGGGGGCAUCGUGAAGAAAAUAAAAUAUCGUAUGUUCAUUGUGAACCUGAUUACAAUUUUGUUUUUUUUUUCUGCUUCCUAGAUGGGCCGUAAGACUGUGAUCAAUUUUAGGCCCGUAAACUAGAGCGGCAAGGCCUAAAGUCAAACACUACCGAGACCAACGAACAUUGCUGACGAAUAUGUUAUAUAUUAAUAACCUAAUUUUAGGUCGUUACUUGUCCCACAAGAACAGUAUAUUAAGCCAUAUGAUUUUCCAGUUACUAAAUAUAGCAACUUGGAUGAUUUCCUAAAAUAAUAUAAGAACGUGGAUUCCACAUACGAUAACAGUCUAUUAUAGUUUUAUUCAACUUUGAGAGCUAAGAAUUUAAUAAAACAACUUCCCUAACUACAUGUUGUCCAAAGUCAAUAACUUUUCAUAGAGCAAAAAGAUGAUUUAAAGAUUUCUUAUUCGUUGCAUGAUUUUGAGUUUUUAUGCUUAGUGGAGGCCCUGCAAUGAUCUCCUCCUCUGUCUUUCAAACCUAAAUUAAGAAACAGAGAAAAACUGCAAAUGGGUUUAUGUAAAUCCCACUUUGACACUUCUCCAUGGACAUUUUCAAUGUCUCUGGGUGGUGUAUAAAAGGCCUGUGAGUCUCUCUUUCAUCUUCAUCUCCAAGCUAGUUCUGAUAUUUCUUGGGUAGUACUCAACAAAGAAAACGAGCUAAGAAAAGAGAGAGAGAGAGAGCAAUGGCGAUCAAGAACCUUCUUGUCCUCACAGUUUUUCUGAGCGUUCUUGGAGUUUCAGUUGCUAUUCCGAAGGGUCUUGACCUUAACUACUACAAACACAGGUGUCCGGAUGCAGAAGCCAUUGUCCGUCGUGUCACGGUUCAAUAUGUUUCUCGCCAGACGAGUCUUGCAGCCGCUCUUCUAAGGGUGUAUUUUCAUGAUUGUUUUGUUAGAGGAUGUGAUGGUUCCGUACUUUUGAAAUCUCCAAACAAGGACGCAGAAAGAGACGCUAUCCCUAACUUAUCUCUUAGAGGAUAUGAAGUGGUAGAUGCUGCCAAGUCAGCCCUAGAAAAGAAGUGCCCCGGGGUGGUUUCUUGCGCUGAUGUUCUUGCUUUAGUCGCUAGAGACGCUGUCUUAGUGAUCAAUGGACCGUGGUGGCCAGUUCCAUUGGGCCGGAGGGAUGGACGCAUCUCAAGAAAAUCUGAGGUUAAUUUACCAUCCCCAUUCGCCGGAAUAGCUGCACUGAAAAAGAACUUCUUCGACAAGGGUCUUAACACUAAAGACCUUGUCGUUCUCUCAGGGGCUCACACCAUCGGAAUCUCUAACUGCGGUCUCAUAAACAGCCGUAUCUACAACUUCACCGGGAAAGGUGACUUUGACCCUUCUAUGAACCCUAGCUACGUUAGGACAUUGAAGAAAAGGUGCAAGCCAACUGAUUUCAGGACAUCAGUGGAGAUGGACCCAGGCAGUGUCAAGAAGUUUGACUCUCACUACUUCAACAUUGUAUCUCAGAAGAAGGGUUUGUUCACAUCUGACUCAACACUUCUCGAUGACCCUGAGACCAAAAGGUACAUUGACACACAGGUUGCUACCGCUGGAUCUUCAUUCAACAAAGAUUUCUCCGAGUCAAUGGUUAAAUUAGGUUUCGUUGAAAUUCUCACCGGGAACAAAGGAGAGAUCAGGAGGAAAUGUGCCUUCGUAAACUGAGUUUCAUCAAAGCUUUCUCUCUUUCUUUGGAUUGUGGUUUCAACGUUGUUCAAACUGUUCUUUCUUUUGGAUGUUUUUCCUUGCCUUCAAGUCUGUUUUCAGACAAGAGUAUUUCAGUGUCCUUUGUAUGAUGGAAUGUCAUGUUUCUUUAACUAUCAUCUCCUUUAUAAGAUGCAUAAAUCAUAAUCAUUCCGCUGCAGACACGACAAAUAAUCCUCCUCAGUUUUUUUAUAGAUCAUUGGAGCGCAUUUAAAAAAAAAUCAUUGCAGAAUUAGGUAGCCAUCUGUAAUAAAAAUAUGUUUCCUUUAAACAAGAAAAAAAUGAUGCUGGUAUGAUGCUUAAAUAAAUUCAAUUCUCAGGAUUCAUCUCUACCGGCCCUUUUGCUCUUUGGAAAGACUAUUGACUUCUUAAAAUAUGCAAAUACUAUAUUAGUAAUAUGUAAGAAAAUAGAGAUAAUAAUAACAACUACUUUGUCAUGUGUGUUACACAAGUUCAUAUUCUGGCCUGAAUCAUCUUUUUUAUCUUUUUUUUUCUCUUCCAUCGUUUCUCAAACUACAUCGUGUGCCUCAAUCCUCCUCAUCCUUAUUAGUUACCCCCCUUAACUUCUAAUUUGUCAACAACAUACCCUUACAAAACAAAUUGUCAACAAAAAGUUAUCUAUUUGACAUAUUUACGUUUAUCAUGGGAUAGUAUAGCAUGACCACCAAUUUAGACAACAUAAUAGUUGAUACACAGCCAAAAUAAUAUAAGACAUGUGCCUUGUGUAUGUUGAGUUUAUUUGUAUAUAGUAUUGGUAAUAUUUUUUUAAUAUUUGAUCAUAUUAUUUAUACAUAUACAAUGUUUUUUUGUUUUUAUUAUAUAAUUCUUUCCGAUGGACCGGAUCAAUUUUUAUUAAAAAUUGUGGAACUAAACUAUAAUUAAUAUAUCAUGGAUUAAUCGGAUUGGACAUUAAACAAAUUAUGACACAAAAGUCUUAUUUUUUCCACCGUACACAUUCUUGAAAAAUGUGAACAGUUAUGUUUCUACAGUUGAAUUAUUUUGACAUUAUCUUUCAUAUGGUUUUGAAAGGUUUAAGAUCAGCCAUCGAAUUGAUACAUGUCAUUUUAAUGAUUUUAGUCGUAUACUUAAGGAUAAAUUACAUUUUUGUAAAAAUUUAAAGUCAUUUUAAAAUAUAACAUAUAAGAAAAAAUAUAACAUAUAAGAAAAAUAUAACAUUUAAGGUUUCCUCAUUUUUGUAAUUUAAAGUUGUUUUAAAUUUUUUUAAAUAUAACAUAUAAGGUUUCAUCAUUUUAUAAAUUUAAAUUCAUUUAAAAAAAUCAAAAUAUAACAUAUAAUAAAAAAUAGAUUUUUUUUAUUAUAUAGUUAAUGUGAUUGUUUAUUUUUUUAAUAAUAUAAAAUUAAACAAAAAUGAAGAAGUAUGCAAAAAUUGUUAUCAAAUCUUUAUUAUUCAUAGUUAUUAAUUAUCAUAUAUAUGUUAAUCAUAUUAGGUAAUUUUGUAGUUUUUUUUAAAGAAAUAAUGCAUGUUUCUUAUAUUUGGGUUAAUAUAAUGUUUCUUAAUAAUUAGAUUUGGACCAACAUUUGUUUCAAUUGAUUCUUAAGUUGCCAUGUAAGAAAAAUUGUCAUCUUAAUUAAGCCACCUAAGCAUGAUCUUUUUUUAUUUAGUAUAAACUUAACGUUACAAUUUUUUUAAUGAUCUUCGAUUAAUAUAUAUGAGAUUUGGAAGGAACUGUCGUCCCGUCUCUGUCAGAGAUUCUCUGUGGCAUAAAAAAAACAUAUCACAUGUACGUAAAAUGACAAUUCCAAAUCCUGCCGAAAUUAAUUAUUUAUUUCAUGGCUAAACUUAUGUUAUCUCAAUAAAUUAACCCUUCACCAAAUAUAUGUAUAUACAUAUAUAGAUCAUGCAUUUCUUAUAAAUUUUGGAACACGAUAGGAAAAGCUUAAAAAUUUUAAAAGCCUAUAAUUAUUUUAAACUUUUCUAUAACCAAAUAAGUAAGUCAGCUAUUGUACGACCUUUUACCCUAUUUCAAGGAAACCAAAAAAAAAAG